UGAAAUGCGCAGUGUACGCUUGUCCUUAGAAUCGUUCAUACGUCGCUUGGGCAGAACUCGUAAUGAGCUCGAACAAAUAACUCUGAUUCCUUUCUCACAAAAGAAAAAGAAAAAGGGCAAAAAAAAAUAAAAAUAAACAAAGCUUCGUUAAACAAACAUGGCAGACAGUGAGGAUAUACCAGAGUCAACCGUUCAUAACAUAUUGGAGCAAGAUACCCUGAAGUGGGUUUUCGUUGGUGGCAAAGGAGGUGUGGGUAAGACCACUUGUAGCUCGAUUAUUUCGAUGCUCUUGGCUCGGGUGCGACCCUCUGUCCUGAUUAUUUCCACCGACCCUGCUCAUAAUCUCAGCGAUGCUUUUCAACAGAGAUUCACUAAGACUCCCACUUUGGUCUAUGGCUUCAAGAAUUUAUAUGCCAUGGAGGUAGAUCCUAGCGUGGAUAAUGAUGAAUUCGGGAUGGAAGGAAUGGAUAGUUUAUUUUCAGACUUGGCGAAUGCAAUUCCAGGAAUUGAUGAGGCGAUGAGCUUUGGAGAGAUGCUUAAAUUGGUGCAGACAAUGGAUUAUUCGUGCAUUGUAUUCGACACUGCCCCAACCGGACAUACACUUCGGCUUUUACAGUUUCCAGCUACCUUAGAGAAGGGACUUGAAAAAAUGAUGUCGCUGAAAAGCAAAUUUGGUGGUUUAUUGAGUCAGGUGACCCGUAUUUUUGGAGUUGAAGAUGAGUUUGGGGAGGAUGCAAUUAUAGGGAGGCUUGAAGGCAUGAAAAAUGUGAUUGAACAAGUUAAUAAGCAGUUCAAAGACCCAGACUUGACAACAUUUGUCUGCGUUUGCAUUCCGGAGUUCCUGUCUCUCUAUGAAACAGAGAGAUUGGUGCAAGAACUCACCAAAUUUGAGAUUGAUACUCAUAAUAUUAUCAUUAACCAAGUACUUUUUGAUGAUGAAGAUGUUGAGUCCAAGUUAUUAAAAGCUCGAAUGCGGAUGCAACAAAAGUACCUUGAUCAGUUUUUCAUGUUAUAUGACGAUUUUCACAUCACUAAGCUGCCAUUGUUGCCAGAAGAGGUUACUGGGGUUGAAGCUCUGAAAAGAUUUUCACGCCAUUUUAUUACACCUUAUCAACCAUCCCUUGAGAAGGGAACUGUAGAAGAGGUAGAGCAAAGACUAUCGAGGUUAAAGGAACAGUUGGCCGAGGCUGAAGUCGAACUCGAGAAACUCUAAAAAGGAAAACAAAAAGGUCUGGUUGCUGUUAUAUGAGUUGGUAUGGCACUGCUAAUUUGGCCACAUAUAAAAUUAUGAUGCCGCAUCCUAUUUAACUAGUCCGGAACAGAGGAAUUAGCAUUCCAUUUGGUGCUUGCAUAGCAUCAUUUGUUUUAGAAAAUUUUGUUUACAAUUCUUUUUUCACAAUCAACAUGCAUAACUUGCUCCCA